AUGGAUGACCCGGCCGCUCGCAUCCCGGGGCAGCUGCUCCCUCAUAUGCACCUGAUAUCGCGCAACCGCUACCCUAGCAUGCACAUGAUGCCCACGGAGACCGCUGUGGAGUAUCUGACAAGCGCACCCAGGAUAUGCCAGACCCAGCCUAUGCAUUGGACCUUCCUGGAGGCUCCUCCUGAUGGAACUGUCAUGCUCACAUGGCAGCCUCUUGCCCACUUAGGCAAUAACUUUGCCAGUGAUGGAUACGUCUGGGCUGAUGCGGAGCAGGCCUUCACCUUCGAAGCUCGCGGCUAUACUGUCGAAAUGUAUCUUCAACGCUGCGGCCUCCACCCCCCGAAUGAACCUAUGGCCACCCAUUGCCGUAAGCGCUACCGCAUCACUUCAUGCAAAGUUCCCAAUGCUCCUCAACCUGAUCCAUCACUAUGGAUUGUUCACUACUCUCGCGCUGCGCCCACAGACCACAUCCCUAGCAACCGGGUUCCAGUGACACCUCAGAUUCAGGCCACAAUGGCCCAGCGUCGUUUCCUUCAAAGCCAGGGACAGCUGGCCCGCAAGGACUUUUUGCUCCAUGAUCGGAAUAGCUGGCCGACUAUCAAUUUCCCACAGAUGGCCCCUCAGGGCUUCGCUCAACCGCCGGCUCCUUUCGCAGGUCAUGCUCCCGCAAGACCUGGCUUCUAUCCUCAGGGCCACCCAGGCGCAAUGCCUGCUGGGGUGCCCGUAGCCAAAGGGCCGCGCGGACACCGCGCUCCUUCAGCUGCUAUGGGCGCCGCAACUGCUGACUUUGCCAUUGAAGAUGAGGAUGUGUCCAGUGGUGACGCUAUGGAUCUCUUGACACCCCGUGAAGUGAGUAAGAUGCGUUACCAGCAGCAUCACGAGUGGAUGGAAGAGAUCUUCGCAUCGCCCUAUGCUAUUACACAGAUUACUCCCGUUUCGCUUGGUUUAGGUCGAAAGGGUGAGUUGGAGUCUCUGACAGCAGGCUUCUUCGAUGCUCCUGUUGGAACAUCUGGUGGCGAAGGCCAAGAGGCGGGCGACGGCCAGCCGGCCACCAAGAUGGAGCCCGCCAAAGCCGAGGAAUUUGCAGAGCGUGUUUCCAAGAAGGUUGCGGACAUGACCGCCGAGAUUGAAAAAAUGAAGAAGCAACACGCGCGCCGGAUGCAGCGCUUCAACCGCACUUCAUUGCUCAGGGAUGCUGAAAUCCGCCUUCGGGAGUCUGCCGCUGACCCGGCUGAGAAGGGCCCGGAGAUUUGGCGAUUGGAGGGGCGGGUUGUUAUUCCCACAGAAGAGGAAACCCCACAACUUGACUACGUCGAGGAUAAGGCCAAGUAUAAGGUUGAUGACAUUGUCCGGGAAGUUGAGACUGCCUGGAAGAAACAGAUCGUGUCUGAGCCCAAGGUCUCUUGUGUCGAAAAGGGUGGCUUGCUGGAAAAGAUUGAGCCCGAGCACAAAGACGAACCUGAGUCAUUCACCAAUGACAUGGUCAUGGACCACGACGAUGCUCAUCUUCUUAAUCAAUUUGGCAGCCCCGUUGUCGGUGGCCCAGGAAUGUCCAGUGUCUCUGUCAACGGGCAACCAAUUCCCGCAGGGAUUUCAGCCGAUAUCGACAUGGAUCUGGGAGACCAACUCCAUGGUGCUCCCAAUGGCGAAACCAACGACUGGGUGAUGGUCAACGAGACGAAAGACCAUGGUCCAGUGGGCGGAGAGUUCGACUUUACCAACAUUGACAGCGCAGGUGAUGCUUUGGCUGCCUACAGCGAACAGAACGAUGGGCUUGAUCUCCCUGAUCUGGACAAUUCGGCCUUCGGAGAUGCAUUCCAUGCGUCCGACAAUGAACAUUCGCACAACCCUGAUGCGGAUGAAAUUUAA